AUGCUGAAUCGACUUCUUGUUGCGACUUUACUGCUCAUCGCCACGUUAUGUGUGGUUGAAGCACAGUUCGGCUACUACGGUCGACCCUACGGCGGAUACGGUAGAGGAGGAUUUGGAAGAGGAUAUGGAGGAUAUGGGAGAGGAUAUGGGGGUCGUGGAUUUGGAGGAUACGGACGUCGAGGAUUCGGAUACGGUAGAGGAGGAUACGGUAGAGGAGGAUUUGGAGGAUUCGGGUAA